CCGCCCUUGUUCAUUACAGAGGCCGCCCUAUCAGCGGGCGCGGCUUUACUGCAGUAUUACGGUCGGCCUGUUGGCACGUGACGGCCAGCACCGCAAGAUGCAUUUGGUAACGUGCCUUCGGAUUCUCUGCACUGCGCUGCGCCGCACUGCCUCGCUGCAGGUGCAGUACACAUGCAGCCGCUGCCAGCAUUUCCAAGCUGAGCCCGUGUCUGAAACCAAUGCAGGCAGAUGGUCACUCAGGAAGACCUCCAGGAACUGUGGGGUGAGUUGUCUGCCGAUGCUCCCUCCGGUGCGAUACAUGGCCAGUGGGAAGAGCAACAGAGAGAAGGUGGAGACCCUGCAGGAUGUGGCCAGGCUCAUUCUGGACGGGCAGUGCAGGCAGAUUUUGGUGAUGGCUGGUGCGGGCAUCAGUACCCCCAGUGGGAUACCCGACUUCAGGUCAGCGGGCAGCGGACUGUACGACAGCCUCCGGCCUCUGGGCCUACCCUAUCCUGAGGCCGUGUUCGACAUCCAAUACUUCGCUCACGAUCCGAAGCCGUUCUUCGCCGUGGCCCGGAGACUAUGCCCGGGAAGCUGGCGGCCCAACUACACCCACUACUUCGCCCGGCUACUGCACGACAAGGGGCUACUUCUGCGGCUCUACACGCAGAACAUCGAUGGCCUGGAGCGCAGGGCCGGGAUCUCGCCGGAGCGGCUGGUGGAAGCGCACGGAACGUUCGCCACGGCCACUUGCACCGCGUGUCGGCAGCGCUACGGCUGGGACCAGCUGCGGGAUGAGGUGCUACAGGGACGGGUCCCGCUCUGCCCCCACUGCGCCGGGGUGGUCAAACCUGACAUCGUUUUCUUCGGGGAGGAGCUGCCGCUCAACUUCUACCGUCACCUGAUCGAUUUCCCGCUGGCAGACCUGCUCAUCAUUCUGGGAACGUCUCUCGAGGUGCAGCCGUUCGCCAGCUUGUCGGAGCUGGUUCGGCGCUCCGUUCCCCGACUCCUCAUCAAUCAGGACGCGGUGGGCUCGCUCUGCCGGGACCCGACAAGGAGCAGCGACGUGGCCGAGCUCGGGGAUGUGGUGCGGGGCGUGAAGAGGUUCACGGACUUGCUGGGUUGGAGCGGAGAGGUCAGCCAACUGCUCAGCCGAGAACACCACAAGCUGGAGAAUGUCGGAGAACCCCCCUCGCACUGAGUCUGCGCAUCAACAACCGCACCUCAUGUUGGAAAUAAAUUAUUUUGAAGUCUU